AUGGAUUCAGUAUACUCAACAGGCCAGACAGGCGAAUUUGCAACCACACAAGAAGUAGAAGAACAGAUUGAUGUUACCAAACAACAAACAAUAAAUGGAGCACAGGAACAACAAAGUGAAGAAGAAUUAGAAGUUCAGUCAGAAAUAACUAGGGAAGAAGUGCUGCAAGAAAUUUACUCGAAUAAUGGGACCUACGAUGAAGAUGAUAAACAAUCAUUUUCUAUUACAAGAUUCUUGGGAAGAUUAUCGGUGAAUUUGAUAUUACCUUUCAUCAAUGGGUUAAUGUUGGGUUUUGGUGAAAUAAUAGCUCAUGAAAUUGGAUUCCAUUAUAACUGGACAGGUGCAAGAGUGAGUUAA